UGGGGAUGCGGUGCAAGAGUGGAAGAAUCCAAACAGUAAUUACAUGCAACUGGCUGAACUGAGCUAGCUGAGCAAAUUGGUUGUCUGCCAGAAGCAUUGCUGGAGGUCUGUGUGUUGCAUCAAACAGAUCCCAAGUCUGUACUGUGGGAUAAGAGGUAACCAGCCGCCAUGGCAGUGAUUGCCAGGUCAGCCACGCCCAUUCUCUGCCUUCCGCUUUUCCUCAGUCAGUGGCUAGUGGUGACUAGCAUUUCCGAGCAACCUAUCUUGCUUUUGUUAUCCUUCGAUGGGUUUCGGUACGAUUUCCUGUACAGGGGCAACUUGACACACUUUGACCAGCUGCGCCAGUGGUCGUUCGUGCCGCACGUGCGGCCCGUGUUCCCCUCCAAGACAUUUCCAAAUCACAUCUCCAUGGCGACCGGCCUGUAUGCUGAGUCGCACGGUGUCAUCGGACCGUACAUUGAUCCCGAGUCCAAGCGGGUGGUGGACAUGAAUGAGACUGCCUACUGGAACUACAACGACCAAGUGCAGCCGAUCUGGGCGUUGAACGAGGCCGCGGCCGGCGGUCGCUUCAGUGGCUGCAUGAUGUGGCCCGGCUGCGCGUACAUCAGGCCUCCCACUUAUGUCCAGAAUUACAACAAGUCGGUGCCCUGGCGCGAGCGGGUCAGCAUGGUGUUUGACUGGCUGCGGGACACCGAGCGGCCGGCCAACCUGGUGCUCUGGUACAUCGAGCAGCCGGACGCGGUGGGACACGCCUUCGGACCGGACUCGCCGCAGGUGUGGGAGCAGUUGCGGCGGACGGACGAGCUGCUCGGCUACAUCGUCCGCACGCUGCGCCUGUUCGAGCUGGAGGACCGCGUCAACCUGGUGGUGACGUCCGACCACGGUAUGUCGGCCGUGCCGCCCGGACACCUCAUCGACCUGGACGCGCUGCUCGACCCGGACUGGUACCAGGCGCUGGGACCCAACCCCGUGCUCCGGAUCGUGCCGCGCACAGGCAAGAGCCUGACCGUGUACGACCGACUGCGGGACGGCUCGGAGAAGCUGGGCCUGAACUACACAGUGUACGUGAAGGAGAAGAUCCCCGAGCGGUGGCACUACCGCCGGAACCCGCGCGUGCCCGACAUCCUGCUGGUGGCGCACGAGGGCUACAUGUUCGUCACGCCCGGGUUGAACGCCACGCUCGAGAGCUACCGAGAAGAGGGGCGAAACCUCACAGGCACGCUCGGCAACCACGGCUACGACCCACAGUUGCUGAGCAUGGAGCACCCGCUGCUGGCGCGCGGUCCCGCCUUCCGACGUCACUUCGUGCACACCACGCGGCUGGAGAACGUGGAUGUGAUGGAGCUGGCGGCGCUGGUGCUGGCGCUGCCG